AUGCAUUCGAUGGUAGCUGCAUUUAGUCCAUAUACCGUUAAACGACGUCGAGUUGAAAUCGUUCGAGGUUAUUGUUGUCGUUUUCUCCAAUGUAGUUUUCCAUGCGGCAUCGUUAUGCUCGUACUUUCAAUUUUAUUCAUUCUGGUUGGUUCGAUUCAACUCAUCUACAUAAUUCAUUUUAAUGGUUGUAAUACAACAUCAACAUCCGAUUAUGAAUUUGACGAGGAUUCGUCGAUACUAUCUCCACUAGCAUCAUCAUCAUCAUCAGCAUGGAACUGUAAUCGACAAACGAUGAAAGUUUUAGGCAUAACAUUUACUGUCACAGGUGCAGUUCUAUUUUUUAUCGGUGUUCUGGUGACGAAAUAUUCACGUUUGAGCGAGGAAAACAAUGUGAUACGCACGCCGGCAUCAUCGCUCAUACCUAAUCAUCCGAAAACAUCGGUGACGAGUCAUCAUCAUCCGCAUUAUCCAACUUCACACUAUUAUCGUACGCCAUCCGGUUCAUUAAAUGAUACGAAUACAAUUGUUGUUUCAAUUCGAUAG